GGCUGGCGGCGGCGGCGGCCGGGACCACCGGGACGAUGCUCCCGCCUCAGGAGGCAGCCAAGCUCUACCACACCAACUACGUGCGGAACUCGCGGGCCAUCGGCGUGCUGUGGGCCAUCUUCACCAUCUGCUUUGCCAUCGUCAACGUGGUCUGCUUCUUCCAGCCCUACUGGAUCGGCGACGGCGUGGACACCCCGCAGGCGGGCUACUUCGGGCUCUUCCACUUCUGCACCGGCAGCGGCUUCUCCCGGGAACUCACCUGCCAAGGGAGCUUCACGGACUUCUCCAGCCUCCCUUCGGGAGCCUUCAAAGCCGCCUCUUUCUUCAUCGGGCUCUCCAUGGUGCUCAUCAUCGCCUGCAUCGUCUGCUUCAUCCUCUUCUUCUUCUGCAACACCGCCACGGUCUACAAGAUCUGCGCCUGGAUGCAGCUGACCUCCGCUCUCUGCCUCGUCCUUGGCUGUAUGAUCUAUCCUGAUGGCUGGGAUGCAAAAGAGGUGAAGCGGAUGUGCGGUGACAGGACAGACAAGUAUACCCUGGGGGCCUGUUCAAUCCGCUGGGCGUAUAUCCUGGCCAUUAUUGGCAUCCUGGAUGCCCUCAUCCUCUCGUUCCUGGCAUUUGUACUUGGCAAUAGACAGGACAGCUUGCUUGCGGAAGAACUCAAACUGGAAAACAAAGAUGAUGGAAAUGCUUAAAACAAGCAAAGAUAGUCUGAAACUGACUAAUUUCUGCUAAGCCAGUCCUCACUAGAAUGAGCACAAAACAAAACUGAGUAACAGCUUUUGUACAUCAACAUUAAACAAGAAGCAACUUGAGAUGGAAGCCUGGGAUGAUGAAGAAUGUUGACAAGUGUAAAAAUGUCUUGAUUGCCACGAGCUGCCUUCUAAGCAUAGAUCAGCCAGACUGGUUCUCUGGAGAGAGAUUCAAUCACGGAUUUACCCACCAGCUCAUUAGAAACUGUCACUGAAUGCAACAUUUGGAAGGCAUACAUGAAAUUCACAUGGGGAAUAUGUUUUAAGAGGGGAUGUUGUUGUCAUUGGGUAAACAUAUUAAUAUACAUGCAUCAAGGAGGUUUGCACACUUUUUAAAAAUGAUUUGACAGAAAAGAAAAGCAGAAUAUUUUGAAAUAAAAGCCUUUCAGAGGGCCGAGGCAGUUUAACUCGGAAGAAUCCUGCUUCAGUAGCCAGGAAGCAGACAGAGUGUCACAUUGAAAUGAGCAUCUUUACAGACAAGACUCUCUUGCCUCAUGCGCUACAGAGGAAAUGGUGUCAGCUUUAAGCCACCAUUUCUGCACACUUCAUUUGACCUUUGUGUUUGCAGUUAGUUAGAAACACAGCACCUCUCAAUUUCUCUUGCCUACAUGUUCUGUGUGUUCAAUAGCCAGCAUACAAAACAGUGCCUGUUUCCCAUUCUGCAAAGAUAGGUGUGCUCUGUAAGACGUUGAUUCCCAAACUGAUGUAUUAGAAUACAAAAAUCACAAAAUCUUAUUAAGGAAUGAGGGAGAAGAGAUACCUAGAGUAGCCCAUUGAAUGAUGGGUUUUCCACAAUUAUUUUCACAGGCAAUUCCCAGAGAGGAACUAACCGCCUGAAGGUUCUGGGUAGCAUGAGGUUCUAUGGUUCUGCAACAAACAUUCUACCCUUUUUAACCACUCAACCAAAAUAUAUGUAGGAAUGGAGUAAUUAAGAGACUAUGAAAGUGGUAGAGGGAAUCUUUGUCUCAAGCCACAUUUUGGAGAAAGAUUCCAUUCAGGGAUCAUGGAGCUAGUAGUUCAGACCUAAACCAGUAGUGGGCAAGGCCGGAGCCAAAAAAAAAAAAAAAAAAAGGGGGAUCAUUCCCUUUUAUCUCAUUCUGACAACCCCUUUUCUCCCCAUCAGACAGCAAAGAGAGGAAAGUGCCCUAGCUGAUGAUCUCAACUGAUUGCGUACAAAGAGCUUUUGAAAUUAAGCUGAGGGCCUCAUGAAAUUAGGUUGAGGGUUAUGGGUUGCAUAACCCUCAGCCUAUGGGUAACAGUGUUCUAUGUCUUAAGUCACACUGGCCAUGUGACCACGGAAGAUUGUCUUCAGACAAAACGCUGGCUCUAUGGCUUGGAAACGGG